AGCGGGACAGCGUGAUCGCGUCCAGGCGGAGGCAGGAGAGUCUCAGCGGACAGAGGAGGAGGAGGAUCUGUUCAGCGCUCAGACUGCAUGCGCACGCAGAGGUUCAUCUGUUAAUCCAGGGGAGUCACAAUGGAGUCUCACAGACUGAGCAGCUCUCCAGACAUCAGGAUACAGAGGAACUACACGCAGCAACACAGUCCCAGAGGCAGCCAGGACAACUUGUUUGGAGUCAGGGUGCAGAUCCAAGGGAUUAAAGGUCAGCCCUACGUGGUUCUGAAUAGUUCUGGCCAGGAGAGCCACCGGGACAUCUCUGUCAUCACUCACCAGGCGGGGUACAAUCCAGGCAUGGUGAGGAUGUCUGCAGAUGAAAGACACUCUCCAUCUGGGUCACAGAGGACUGCAACCACCUCGUUUCAUUAUCAGCAACACCCGGAGAUUCUGAGACCUUAUGACCCUGACAAUAAUAACCUGAACCUAGUCAUUCCUUCAGCAGCUUCAGUCGCUCGACCUGGACAGCUUAAAGCCGGAAUUCUUCCUGAGACAACCCAGACUGCUAAUGUGAACAAACACAGGAUCCCUCUGCCUGCUGAGUGCCCAGAGGAAGACCAGAGUGAUGUGGCCCAGAACAAGGCAACUCCCUCAGUUCGACAGCUCCCUGCAAGGUCCCCAAACUCUGUGGAGACAGAUUCCAUCUUAUCUGUAGGGAAGCUAAUAAGCCAGUUCAACAGCAGCCAGCGGAGGGGAAGGGGGGGCCCAAGGAACAGGUUGGACCCAGAGCAGUAUCAAAGGUCACGCAGCGUGGACAGCGGUCGGACCUCAGACUCUUCGUCGUCCCCCUCUUCCUCCAGCAAAGCCUCGACUCUGAAGGGCAUCAGGGGCGAGACCCCUGGUGGGAUAUAUCCUCCCGGAUCAGCCAGGGCUCGACUCCUCAGCGGAGAAGCCUCUUUGGCGAGCAAAAGGGAGGAGAACAAGCCCAGCACACUGCUUAAAGGACAUCACGGAAAAGAGACAAUAUCUCCUCAGGCUGCGAAAUUACUUCACAGAGCAGAGAAACCCUCCAUCUCCAGAUCAUGUAGUGACCAGACUGAUGAAUCUAAUGAAAGAGACACACAGGUCACUCCUGAUCUUCUGAAAGGACAGCAAGAAGUCUCAGUAGACCCAACUAAAGACACAGCAAAACAAAUACUGUUCAGCUACCUCAAGGAUGGUACUGUAAGUGGACUCUUGCUUCUCAGGACGACUGAUGAUGACUCCAUCACUGCGAGGAAAGUCACCCUGUUGCUUGAGAGGGUCGACAAGGUCAAGUGGAAGACUGCUGAGAAUGUGGAGGAGGAGGAGAAAGAUUAUGCAGCUGGGGUGAAGCUUUUGAAGGAGAAACAGAAAGCACUGGAGGAAGAAGUGUCUGAAUUAAAGCAAAAACUGGAAACCGAGAUUAAGAAUGAAAAGACUCUUGCCAAGGCUUGUGAAAAGGCCAGAACAGAGAAGAAGAAACUUCAGGAAGAGUUGGCCAAAAGUCAGAAAGAGCUCUGCGAACUCAGGGACAGGCUGGCUGACAUCGAGGCAGAACUGCAGUCUACCAAACAGGAGCUAACUCUUAUGAAGGCAGAGAGAGGGAGAUCUAAGACGGAGAUGAAAGACCUUCAGCAGCAGCUCUCUGAGAUGCAUGAUGAGCUGGACCAGGCCAAGAAGGCAGAGGUGAUAAACACAGAGAAAGAAGUCCUUCUGAAGGAUUUGGCGCAGCUGCGUUUGGACUUUCAAGAGAUGCUGCAGGUGAAGGAGGAGCAGGAGGAGGUGCUGCGCCGUAAGGAGAGGGAGCUCAGUGCCCUAAAGGGGGCGCUCAAAGAGGAAGUGGAGACUCAUGACAACUAUAUGGCCGCUCUGAAGGAUGAAUAUGAAAACGAGCUAGAAAAGCUGCUCAGGGAUUUAGAGCUGGUUAAAGAGAGCAAUGCACUGCUGGGUCAAGAGAAGGUGGAAGCAGAGGAGGACAGAGGUGCAGCUAAGGUUCAGCUGAAGGAGCUGACCCAGGAGAGAGAUCAGCUGAGAAGAAAAGUGCAGGAGCAGAAAAACAAGGUUGAUCAGCUGAGUCAGGCAAUCCAGGAGUGUAAAACCACAGAGAGGCUGCUGGACCAGAGAGCAAAGCAGCUGGAGAUGGAAAAGCAGCAGGUUGAGGAAGCAUUGAAAGAUGUGAGGAGGAAUGAGGAAGAGAUCUCUCAGUCUAACCAGUCGCUGCUCACUCGCUUGGAGGAUGUACAGGGUAAGUUAACCAAACUAAAUCAUGAGCACAGGGACCUGAAGGAGAAGCUGAAGGAGGAGAGAAAGCAAAAAGAGGAGCUGUGGAAGACAAAAACUGAACUGGAGGAUGAGAGGAGGCUGCAGGACAGGGCUGUGGAGCAGCUGCAGAGGAAGAUGAAUAGCAUCAUGGAGGAGUGUGAGGCGUCUACAGAUGUACUUCAGAACCAGGUCGAUGAGGCCAGAGAGAAGAAUCAGAGGGAGUUGGACGAGCUGCGGCGACAGCUGCAGGAAAAGGGAACAGAGCUGGAGAAAUCCCGUCAGGCAGCCAAAAAACUGCAGGAAGAGCUGCUUCCUCUGGAGGAGGAUCUGCGUUGGUGUCGCAGGGAGCAGCAGGAGGCCCAGCUGAGGGCCCAGCAGCUGGAGCAGAGGGUGGAGGAGCUUGAGGAAAGGAACACAGCCACGGUGGGAGAGCGAGAGCGGCAGGUCAAACUCAUGGAGGGACGUAUCAGUCAACUAGAAGCAGAUCUUAAUGAUGAGCGCAGCAGUGCUGACCGCCUGAUGGAACGAUUAGACAAAACCAAAGAGCAGAUGGAUCAGAUGAGGAACGAGCUGAUGCAGGAGAGAGCAGUCAGGCAGGACCUGGAGUGUGACAAGAUAAGCCUGGAGAGACAGAAUAAAGACAUGAAGAGCAGAGUGACUCAUCUGGAAGCAUCACAGAAGACCAACCAGGAUUCACUUGUCUCUAAACUUAACAGCCGCAUCCAGGAGCUUGAGGAAAGGUUGCAAGGAGAAGAGAGAGACAACAACAACCUGCAACAAGUGAACCGCAGGCUGGAGCGCAAGGUGAAGGAGAUGAAGAUUCAGGCGGACGAGGAACACGUCAACCUGCAGAGCCAGAGAGACCAGCUGACUCAGAGACUGAAGACGGCGAAGAGGCAGAUGGAUGAGGCGGAGGAGGAGAUCGAGCGUCUGGAACACGCUAAAAAGAAGCUGCAGAGAGAACUGGACGAACAGAUCGAGGCCAACGAGCAGUUUCAUGGCCAACUGAGUGCACUGCGGAAUGAGAUGAGGCGUAAGAGGAAAUCACCUCCUUUGAUUAAGGUUGUGGAGGACGAUGUGAACAAUGUGGAUGACUUUGGAUCUGACUGAUUGACUGACGUGUGAUAGCAACAAAAUGCAGUCAUUUCUGGACUUUAUGAAGGGGCUUUGGACUUACUGUGAAGAAUCACUGAUAUCAUAAUUCAACAUAAUUCUAUUAACAGCUCAGGUGUGAUUUCAUAAUGUUUCCAGUUGUGAAUAGCAUGGCACCUUGCCAAGGCUGACCUCUUGUGGCAACAUAUGUAACUACAGUAUCUGACAAACAUGUUUUUCAGUGCAACAGAGAAACUGGCUUGAAACUUAUUUACUUUUACUAAAUUGAUUAAUUUGUUCCCUAAGUUAUUCGUUGUUGUUUUUUGGUGUGAGUUAAUAUGGUGCAAACUGUAAAUCUUAAACUAAUGAAUAAAUGUAUUAAAAUGCAA